CUCAGGUGAUCCGCCCGCCUCGGCUCCCGCAGUGCUGGGAUUACAGACGGAGACUUUUCUUUAGCGCCAGUUUCCCACUAUGGGAGUCUGUAUCCUGGUUACCACGGAAGAUUAGGUUGCAUCAUAGUCUGGCAAUAGUUUUUUGAUCUUUAGACACAGUUCAAUGAGAAGUAUUCGAAGCAGUAAAAAUGAAUCACAUUCCAACUUUUAUUAAGAAGAGUACUAUUAGAUGAAAACACUUUUCACAGUGUUAUAUAAAAAGACCCAUUUUACUUACCCUACGAUAAGUAACAGAACCCCUGGGGUAACAGCCCAGGCACCAAAUCUGACACCUCAGAGUCGUCCUUGACUUCCCUAACCCGCUUUCCCGCAUCUCAGAUUCUGAGAAUUUGGUUUCUAUCAAGAUGUGCCUCUCAAGCCAGGCCUCUCCUGCCAGGACGGUGGUCACAGGGCCAUCUCCCUCUCCUGGGGCCCCAACUGCCUGGUCAAGGUGACUGCUACACACGUGGGGUCGCAGAAACCCUCCAGUCACAACGUCUUCAACGUCUUGUCAGCCCUCUGAUCGCACUAAACGUCUUUAAAGCCUCCCACUCCUUUAACAGGGUCACCUCUGUGUACAGGCGGCCUCCUCGUGCUAAGUGUGGCCGCGUUCAAGAUUCCGAGACACAGACCCCUCCCGCGUCACUCUCCGGGCACAGGAACUCCUACUCAUCCCUCAGUCAUCAGCUCGAAGGUUUCUUCUCCAAGAAGCCUGCCCGGCACCCGAGAAGUAGAGCCGCGAGCCUUCUCCCGGGCGCCCAGCCUUCCCCCGUACAGGCAGGGAUCAUCCCGGGAGCCCGCGCCGGGCCCCGCUGAGGCCAGGGGCUCCUCGGAGGCGCGAGAAAGCCGGAUAACCAGCGCGGUUACGGCACACACGAUGCGGGGCCUGCAAGGAUACCGGGCGGCCGCUCCUCAGUGGUAAGACAGAGGCUCCGCAGAAGGGAUACUGAGGUCGGAGAGGCCGCGGAAACCCCACACCUCACUCCACGGGCCAGGUUCCGCCCCGCCCCGAUGACGCUUCCGGAUCCGGCGUGUGCCGGAAGUGGGCGGGCGGCGGCGGCUGCGCGCGGAGGCGGUGGAGGAGGUGCUGGGAGCAGCCCGGUGGCCGCUUCCCGCCCCCGAGCCGGAGCCGGUGCGAGUGGAGCAGAGCUGAGGUCGGGCCGCGAGUGGAGCCGGCUGAGCGGGCGCCGAGCUCCCGCCAUGGCCCGGAACACGCUGUCCUCGCGCUUCCGCCGGGUGGACAUCGACGAAUUUGAUGAGAACAAAUUUGUGGACGAGCAGGAGGAGGCGGCGGCGGCGGCGGCGGAGCCAGGCCCGGACCCGAGCGAGGUGGACGGGCUCCUGCGGCAAGGGGACAUGCUUCGGGCAUUCCAUGCAGCCUUGCGGAACUCACCCGUCAACACCAAGAAUCAAGCUGUGAAGGAGCGAGCCCAGGGCGUGGUGCUGAAAGUGCUCACAAACUUCAAGAGCAGCGAGAUUGAGCAGGCUGUGCAGUCACUGGACAGAAACGGUGUUGACUUGUUAAUGAAGUACAUUUAUAAAGGCUUUGAGAAGCCCACAGAAAAUAGCAGUGCAGUGUUACUCCAGUGGCACGAAAAGGCCUUAGCAGUAGGAGGACUAGGCUCCAUUAUAAGAGUUCUUACAGCAAGAAAGACUGUUUAAAAAAAAAUAAAAAGACUCAUGUUACCUUGAGAAGAAUUCUGGAUGCCCAGGCUGGUGAAGAAGGGAUUGACAAUGGACCAUCUUCCUAGGAACUCCCAAGUAAACUAUUUCAGGACAUGUAUCUGCUGAAAUGUAUUUUAUUUUCAAGGUGGAGGGAAAAAUCGUCUAUUUCCUAAAUCCUGUUUAGGAUCUGAUAGUCUAUGCCUUUGUCUCCGAGUACUGCAGAACUGACAUUUUGACGAUUUACCAGAGUGGCAGCUGGCGUUGGUCAGGUGCACCUGUGUGCACUGGGGGAGGGAUGGUUUGGGCAGGUGCAGAUCCAAGGGCUGUGGUAAACGGGAGAGCUUGUGUUUUUGAAGUGGAAAAAAACCCAAGAGUUUGUACAGACAUCCCGUCUUCCCAGAGAAGGUGGACACUCUUGGGCUCAUUGUAAAGUGCCUGCUGCAUCAAUAAAGCUCUUGGCUUAUUAGUAUAUACAUUGCGGUGUGUUUCAUAUAUGUAAAAAAAUGGUAAUGAAUGGGAUGGUAAUGAAUGAGAGUUCAGUUGUUCCGGAAACCCGACGUGGGAGGAGUAGACCUGUGCCCCUGUUGAGUCACCCCUAGGAGCGAGCAUGGCAAUCCACAGGCCCUCUGCCACAGGACGCCAGCCUUGGCCUCAGAGCCGCUGGCUGCUGCAGAGAGGUGUUUGCUGAAUGAACUAUUUAUUGUUUCUUACUCCUUUGAUUUGUAUGUAAUUAAUUUUGGAGCUUAUUUAAUAAAGUGCCAAACAUUUAAUAAUUGA